UUUAUUUUUGUGGAAAGGAGAAAUACGUUUAAGCUUUGGAGCGCAUCAAAUUUGAACCCAGAUUCAGAAUCUGCCACAUGUGACAUGUGACCAUGGGCAAGUUAUCUGACUCUCAGAGCCCCUGUUUUCUUACCUGAACAGUGAGGGUUAACAUUGUACCUGUCCCUGUGCUCACAUAGUUAAAUGAGAAACUGUGUAUCAGAUGUCACAUGAGCUGCCUGCAGGGUCUCAGAUGUGCUGGCAGCGUCCUUAGACCACAUCCAGGCUGUUGGUGUUUUGCUCCGGACUCUGGGCCUAGGAACAAUGAAUUCUUGGAAGACCAAAAACAGUCAGGAAUUUGGGGAGGAGGGGACCCACAUCCGACAAUUGUCAAUGACGGCAUUCCAGCUGAGUAUUUCACCCUGGUAUCCACUCCAUCUGCCACUGAUGAUCACUUGGAUAGUAACAGCAGCCCUGUUAAGUCAUUAGAAAUACAGUGACAUAAUAUAGGUGUAAGUUCAAGUGUUUUUACAGUAUAUGUGCAAUCACGAUAUUUAAUUGAAGAAUAUCAAAUUCUUGUCUCUUUUUAUCCAAAUAAAUGAGUUCAAUAUUUCUUCAAAAUCUAAGACAUAAGCCUGGGAUUAGAGGUUUAAGUUACCAGUUUCCUUAUGAUUCUUCUUUUUAGGGGGGAUUUUAGGCAAGAUGAAAUUAGAAAAACUAAAAUUUUUACCUGUACUAAACUUUUGUUGUGCAGAAGCUAUAAGUAUUUUGCAGGCUUCUGGAAGUCCUGUUUUUCUUUAUCUUCUGGGCAAAGUCAGUUGUGUCUCACACCAAGGGCCUCCUUUCAUCCGCACGCAGAGUCUGAACUGCUUUGGAGGAAAACUCUGGCACCUCAAAUGCUCACUGAGGGCAAGUGUUUUUCCCAAACCUGACUCUUGUACUGAGGAGUGAGUAGUCACUGGCAUUUCCAUUAAUUGGUGGUUUUUACCCAGUGCUAGGAAGCAAGACUUCCUGGCUUGAAUUCUUAGUCUUGUGUUUUAUCCAGGACUGCCCCAGACCAGACUGUGGGCCGAGAUUACAGAGCAGAGUCGGCCAAGGCAAACUUGCUGCCACCCCCCUCCCUUUUGCCAUCCUUCCAGCCUCUGGAGCCAGGGAGCCAGCCGGACGGGGGAUGCUGUCACUCUGAGGGUGGCCUGGCCCUCUGAUGGGGCAGAGUGCCCUAGCAAGAAAUGUGCUUCUUUAGCGUCAGCAAGGCUGUUUUGUGUUACACGUCAUUAAAACCAAUAGGGUAUCUUUAGUAAACUGAGUAGACUGCCACUUUGGAAUUUGUUUUCCUAAAUAGUAAUGUUCCUAUCCUGUAUAAUAAAAGCCUAAUAUGCUAAGUGUCCAGUCAACUGGUCGGCUGUUCAGCCAAUCAAAGCAUAAUAUGCUAAUGAUAUGCUAAGGCACUCAACCACUCACUAUGACUUGCACUGGCCACUAGGGGGAAGACAGUCGACCGGUCGACCAGUUGCUAUGAUGUGCACUGACCACCAGGGGGCAGACACUCCAACCGGGGCCGCACUGAGAGGCAGGGGCCCUGGGUCCCGAUUGUCCUCCGCCGGGAAGACACGUGCAGCCAGGAUGAACCUGGGACCCGGGGCCACUUGCCGCUUUAACCAUGGAGAAGCGGGACCGCGGUGAGAUGGACACAGCCCUGUCGGAGCCUCUUCACUCCCACAUUAAGUUGUUGAAAACCAACCGUGAACUGCUGGUCGCUCACAUCCGCAGCACGCAGUGUCUGGUGGACAACCUGCUGGAGAAUGAGUACUUCUCGGCCGAAGAUGCGGAGAUCGUGGGCGCCUGCCCCACGCAGCCCGACAAGGUGCGCAAGAUUCUGGACCUGGUACAGAGCAAGGGCGAGGAGGUGUCCGAGUUCCUCCUCUUCGUGCUCCAGCGACUCGCAGAUGCUUAUGUGGACCUCAGACCCUGGCUGAUGGAGAUCGGCUUCACCCCUUCCAAGCUCAUUCAGAGCAAAACUGUUGUCAACACUGAUCCAGUGAGCAGGUACAUCCAGAAGCUGCGACACCAGCUGGGCCGCGACUCCAAGUUCAUCCUGUGCUACUCGCAGAAGGAGGAGGUGCUGCUGGAGGAGGUGUACACGGACACCAUCAUGGAGCUGGUCAGCUUCAGCAACGAGAGCCUGGGCAGCCCGGGCAGCCUGGCCCACCUCCUGGACCACUCCACGGGCGUCCUCAACGAGCAGGGCGAGACCAUCUUCGUCUCGGGCGACGCAGGCGUGGGCAAGUCCAUGCUGCUGCAGCGGCUGCAGAGCCUCUGGGCCGCCGGCCAGCUGGACGCGCGGCUCAAGUUCUCCUUCCACUUCCGCUGCCGCAUGUUCAGCUGCUUCAAGGAGGGCGCCAUGCUGAGUCUGCAGGACCUGCUCUUCAAGCACUGCUGCUACCCGGAGCAGGACCCCGAGGAAGUGUUCGCCUUCCUGGUGCGCUUCCCCCAGGCCGCCCUCUUCACCUUCGACGGCCUGGACGAGCUCCACUCGGACUUCGACCUGAGCCGCGUGCCCGACACCUCGUCGCCCUGGGAGCCGGCCCACCCCCUGGUCCUGCUGGCCAACCUGCUCAGCGGGGUGCUGCUCAAGGGGGCCACCAAGCUGCUCACGGCCCGCACGGGCAUCGAGAUCCCGCGCCAGCUCCUUCGGAAGAAGGUGCUGCUGCGGGGCUUCUCCCGCAGCCACCUGCGGGCCUACGCCAGGAGGAUGUUCCCCGCCCGGGCCACGCAGGACCGCCUGCUGGACCAGCUGGAGGCCAACCCCAACCUCUGCAGCCUGUGCGCCGUGCCCCUCUUCUGCUGGAUCAUCUUCCGCUGCUUCCAGCAUUUCCACGGCGCCUUCGACAGCCCCCCAGAGCUGCCCGACUGCACGGUGACCCUGACCGACGUGUUCCUGCUGGUCACCGAGGUCCACCUGAACAGGACGCAGCCCACCAGCCUGGUGCAGAGGAACACGCAGAGCCAGACGGAGGCCCUCCGCGCCGGCCUGGCCACCCUGCGCGCGCUGGGGCAGCUGGCCCGCUGGGGCAUGGAGAGGGACCUGUUUGUCUUCAGCCAGGAGGAGGUCCAGGCCGCCGCCAUGCGGGAGGCUGACCUGCAGCUGGGCUUCCUGCGGGCCGUGCCCGAGCCGGGCCUCGGAGAGGACCAGCUGUCCUAUGAGUUUUUCCACACCACCCUCCAGGCCUUCUUCACCGCCUUCUCCCUCGUGGUGGACGCCAAGGCGGGCACGCGGGCGCUGCUCAGGUUCUUCCAGGAGUGGGUGCCUCCGGCGGAGGCAGCAGUGGCGGCCUGCUCGGCCCCCUUCCUCCCCUUCCCGUGCCUGGGGGCCCGCGACCCGGUGGGGGACAACCCCUUCAGGAACAAGGACCACGUUCGGUUCACCAACCUCUUCCUGUGCGGGCUGUUGUCCAAAGCCAAACAGAAACUCCUGCGACACCUGGUGCCGGCCGCGGCCCUGAGGAGAAAGCGCAAGGCCCUGUGGGCGCACCUGUUCGCCAGCCUGCGGACCUACCUGAGGAACCUGCCCCGCACUCGGUCUGGGGGCUUCAACCAGGUGCAGGCCAUGCCCACCUUCAUCUGGAUGCUGCGCUGCAUCUACGAGACGCAGAGCGAGAAGGUGGGGCAGCUGGCGGCCAAGGGCAUCUGCGCCGACUACCUCAAGCUGACCUACUGCAACGCCUACUCGGCCGACUGCAGCGCCCUCUCCUUCGUCCUGCACCACUUCCGCAAGCGGCUGGCCCUCGAUCUGGACAACAACAAUCUCAACGACUACGGCGUGCGGGAGCUGCAGCCCUGCUUCAGCCGCCUCACGGUCAUCAGACUCAGCGUAAACCAAGUCACUGACAGUGGGGUCAAGGUGCUAUAUGAAGAGCUGACCAAGUACAAAAUUCUGACGUAUUUAGGCUUAUACAACAACCAGAUCACUGAUGUCGGAGCCGGGUACAUCGCCAGCAUCCUGGAUGAGUGCAAAGGCCUCACACAUCUUAAACUGGGGAAAAACCAGAUAACCAGCAAGGGAGGAAAGUGUCUCGCCCUGGCCGUGAAGAACAGCAAAUCCAUCAUGGAAAUCGGGAUGUGGGGCAAUCAAAUCGGCAAUGAAGGAGCAAAGGCCUUCGCAGAGGCUCUGAGGAACCACCCCAGCUUGACCAACCUGAGUCUGGCUUCCAACGGCAUUUCCACAGAAGGAGGAAAGAGCCUCGCGCAGGCCUUGCACUGGAACACGUCGCUGAGAAUAUUCUGGCUCACCCAGAAUGAACUCAACGACGAAGUGGCAGAGAGCAUGGCAGAGAUGUUGAAAGUCAACCAGACGCUGACACAUUUAUGGCUUAUCCAGAACCAGAUCACAGCCAAGGGGGUCGCCCAGCUGGCAGACGCCUUACAGAAGAACACUGGCAUCAUGGAGAUUUGCCUCAAUGGGAACUUAAUGAAGCCCGAGGAGGCCGGAGGCUUUGGGGGUGAGAAGCGGCUUGUCCUUUCCUGAGAGGACGCCUUCCUGUCCGAGAUCUGGCCCAGGGAGGGCGCUAGCGGCAGCAACCACUCUGCGGUCACCUGUCUGAGGUGUUGCCUCGCAAGGGGACUGCCGGGAGCCCAGGGCCUUCACCGAUGCUCCGAUAGGCCAGCUCCCGGCACGGCUGGUGCAGUUUCCCAGGGAAGCGUGGGCUUUGUGAGCCAUGUGGUUCCUGGAAACAUGCCAUGGAGACGUUCCUGAGUGCCCACGAUCGCCGUGACCUGCAUCAAGAGGAGUGACUGAGCUCGUACAGCGCCUGCCCUGGCGGCUGGGGGAGUGAGCGGUCACUGCUGUCCUCACUGAGCUGUCGAGGACGUGCUGCAGAGUUGGUGCCGAGUUUUUUGCAGAGAAGAUGCUCCAUGAACAAGAAGUGUUUUGCCUGAAAUCUUCCUCCUCGGUACCUCCCCAUGUGUUGCUGUCCUUCCCACUUCACAGCUGUAGAUACGGAGGGGUGUCCCGUGUGGGGUGGUAGUGGGUGCCAAGGAAAAGACCCGGCACAGGCUUUUUCAUCCUGGGGCCUCACUGCCAACCGAGACCACUGGCUGCGCUCUUAGCUAAGAGCAAGGGCGAUGCCUUCAUGAUGCUGCCUUUCCACUCAGGGGUUUCCCACGCGAGGCUGACCUCCUCCGGAGACGAACACUGGGCAGAGCUGCUCUGCCCCAGGAAGACUGCCUGCCCCCAGAGGAAUAGGCGUGGCUUACCUUGUGGUCCUGGCACCCACUGAGCCUCCUCUCCCCCGCCCUCCUCAGGAGGUCUCCUGCCCUAGUGGCUGUGAGGGUGACGGAGUUGGAGCCAAGAGUCAGGCAGCUCCGAGGACCCGCUAGCAUGUCAGACCCCGACCACAGUGACGGGCACAUGGUGGGUGCUAAUGGGGGAGGGUGGCGAUAGGACCAGACGACCUGCCCUUUCGCCAACCCAUUUGUUAAUAAAUACUGAACACACUA